AUGCAGCGUUCAGUGGCCAAGAAUUUGUUGAAACGCAAUGUUAUUAGCCACCAGACACUACCAAAAAUCGCGCUUUCGGACAAAUCCAUAUCUGAAAAUCGUUAUCGACAGAUGGAUGUACUAAGAAAACUCGUAGACGAACAUCCCAUAAAUCAUCGACAUCCCAAUGCUGUCUCCAUUAGCGCCUCUUCUUCUGGUAGUGGGAGUCGAAACCAAAUGAUUUUGAACAAAAUCAUUCGAGCACCGUGUGAUGUUUUCAUUAACCAUAGAGGCACAGACACAAAGCGAACAAUGGCUUCUUUGUUGUACGAUCAUCUUUGCAGGCUUAAACUUCGUCCAUUCUUGGACAACAAGAACAUGAAACCAGGUGACAAACUAUUCGAGAAAAUUAAUGAUGCAAUAAAUGGUUGCAAAGUUGGGGUGUUGGUUUUCUCCCCACGUUAUUGUGAAUCGUAUUUUUGCCUUCACGAAUUGGCUCUCAUGAUGGAAACAAAGAAGAAAAUUAUCCCUAUAUUUUGUGACGUUAAGCCAUCAGAACUCGUUGUUAUCAACAAUGGAAGCAUCCCACAGAAGGAGGUGGAGAAGUUCAACUUGGCUAUCGAAGAGGCUAAGUACACCGUUGGACUCACAUUUGACUCCCUAAAGGGGAACUGGUCGGAUGUUGUGACAAAUGCUGCAAAUAUUGUAAUCCAAAGCUUGAUGGAAGUUGAAGAUCACUAA